UAACCCCUCUGUGCUCCAGAGGUGCUGCAUCAUAGCUGACCUGCACUCUGACCCAAGUUUCUGAAAAAGCUGAGAUAUGCAAAAGAAAAGAAUUUCACUGUGCAGUAAUGUACAUUUAAUGUACUAAUGUAUUAAUAAAUAAAUACAGUUCUAUUCUACAUGCAAAUUACUAUAGAGAUUAUAAGCCUACAGAGAGUGUGUGUGUGUGUGUGUGUAUUUGCUUUCUUUAAAGGGAAAACACAUGUAAAUUUAGUAGUGUAUCCUGGAGUAUGUAUUUGUGUGUGUGUGUGUGUGUGUGUGUGUGUAAAACCCUAGUCAGACAGAACGUGACAGUAAGACCGAGUGGAAGACAGAUAGGAGCUGAGCUGUACAGUGUGUAAAGAUGAAGUGGACGUGUUGCUCUCUCAUGAUCUUACUGAUGACCUUUUGGAGUACAUGUGUACAAAAAUCAGAAAACAGUCAAAAGAAUUGCAUGCAGCAUCUAAACAAGCAACAAUGUCGAAAGCUCAAGCAGAACAAAGCAAGCAGUCAAGGAACACUGAAAUCAAAUGAUACGAACUGGUUUGAAUACAGAAACUGCACUGACUGUUUACAAAUUUGCACAUUCCAGAAUGAAGGUUCAUCUGGCAGCUCGGAUAUCUGUCAGACACUGUGUUUUGAUGUGUGUUCACCGUGUGUACUGAGCAGUCAGUGUGAGCAGAUUUUGCUGUUUGAUGGAGGAUUUACGGGACAAAUACAAAAUUCUUGUAACAGCACUAAUGCCACGUCAAACUGCCGGAAUAUCUAUAACGGAUCGUCACCUUCCAACAAGUCAAUCUGCAUUUUAUCAUUUGAUGUAAAUGCUUCUGACCUGACCAAUGAAACCUGCAGCUUCUCAGACAGCGGUGUGUGGUUAUCAAACAACAAUAAUGGACGCACUAAUGAAUAUAAAAUCCAAAUCACCAGAGAUACAGAUGUCAGACCCACAACACCCGUCUGCUUUGUGUACAGAUCUCAGAACUGCAUGAACAGCAAUGCACGGCUGAUAAACUGCACUCAACCUGCAGGAAACAUCACUUGGAAUUGUGAUAAUAUAACGUGUGUGGAUCCCAAUACGAUUUGUCAGAGCGCUAAAUACACAGACUGCAGCGGAAACACCUCAAAUGAUGACAUCAUCACAUUAAACGGAUCGUCUGCAGAGUGCUACAAGUGUGGAAAUGCCUUCAAGAAAACAGAAGGACACCUUAAUCUCAAUUUCACAUUUCCCCAAGAGUCUAACGUCAACUAUUCGGAUCUGAUAAAUGAUUUAAACAAGAUGGUUUUGAAAGCGAUGGAGAAUAAGUCUUCGGUGUCUGUGUCCUUCAACAACAUCAGUGGGAUUUAUGUAAAACCUCCACGUGGAACAGACUUUGCACCUAUCUACAUCAUGUACUCAUAUAAUUAUAGUGAGUUUAAUAUCGUUGAGGAUAAAACCCAGAUGAGUACUUUUAAGAGGACCUUCUCUGUCCCAAAGGAGGCUUUCGAAAAAGCGCACAAUGCGAACAGCAGCACACUUUUUGCAUCUCUGCUCAAAUUUCCCACAUUCCCGAAGGGCAAUGAAAACUGCAGCCUGCUGAAUGGUGAAGUUUACUCCAUCGACAUGGGAGAAGAAAUAUCAAAUCUCACCAACACUUUUAAUCUAACCUUCAGGAGCAUUGACCUGAAGACCAGCUAUCCUGAGUGUCGCUCCUGGGAUGGAGCAGGAGGAACUCCGAACUGGACGCUUUCCGGAUGCAACACGUCCUACACGAACGACGCUGUGACCUGCGAGUGCCAGCACUUGACCUUCUUCGCCGUGUUGAUGACUCCUGUCACGUACCUCCCAAGCAGUGACCUCAAUAAUCUCACCUACCUCACCUCCAUCGGGUGUGGCCUGUCCCUCUUCUUCCUCAGCAUAGCUCUCUUCAUGCACUUCCUGCUAAGGAAAGGUCGAUCGAGUGUCUCGGUCCACAUCCUCAUCAGCCUGUUCCUGGCCCUGUUCCUGCUGAACCUCAGCUUCCUGGUUAACGAGUCGGUGGCGAACACAGGGAACGAGAUCGGCUGUAAGUUCUCCGCGGGGGUGAUGCACUACUCCAUGCUGUCUGCUUUCUCCUGGUUCGGCCUGCAGGCGCUGCACCUGUGCCUCCAGCUAGCGCAAAACGUGUCCGGCAUCCAGAACUACGUCGUCAAACUGUCCAUCCUCGGCUGGGUGCCUCCUGCCCUCGUGGUGACGGCCACGUUCAUUUUUCAGAAAUACAACAAAUUGACCAUCGUCUCUGAUACAAAAAACAGCUCAAUGUGCUGGAUCACCGAUCCGGUAGUGCACUAUGUGGUGAACAUCGGAUACUACUCCAUCAUCUUUCUCUUCACCUUCUCCACUUUCGUGGUGAUGCUGCGCUGGCUCUGGCUGCUCAGAACCAAACAGCCAAACAUCGCCAUGUCCAGGAAAAAGUCCAGACCCUCGGAUGCUCUGACCAUCAUGGGCCUGUGCUGCAUCCUAGGACUGAGCUGGGGCUUCUGUUUCUUCGCCAUUGGGCCCAUGCAAAUUCCCGCCUUAUACAUCUUCACCAUCCUCAACUCGCUUCAGGGAUUCUUCCUGUUUAUUUAUUACUACAAGUCCAGCAGGCUGGUCGGUGAAGCUGACGCAUUGAAGGAGCAGAGCAGCUACACCACUGAGGUCACGGAGGUGGAAAACCCGUACGGCAAACACAAAACCAUUUAAACCAGGACCGGCGCCGGACAGUGUGUUACAGAUACACAGAGUGUGUACAGUGUGUACAGAUACACACUCUAUUAGUGGAUUUCACUUAUACCGAUAUCUAGUUUGGAUCAUACUUCCUGAUAACCAAUUAAUCAACCGAUUUUAAAAUGCAUACUGGAUUAAAAAAACAAAAACAAAAAAACACUAUGUAAAUUAGUACUGAACUUUAUAAAAAGAAAUGUGAAAAUGUGCUAAAUGAAAUA